AUGUCACAAGUGCAUGCACCGCAGGUCGUCAAGCUCACGAGUCCCGGCGUGGGGCACGUCGCCCCGGUGGCCGAGCUCGCCAGGAGACUCGCCGCACACCACGGCUUCACCUCCACGAUCGUCACCUACACCAACCUCUCCUCGCCAACCAAUUCUUCCGCGCUGGCCUCCCUCCCGCCGGGCGUCUCCACCACCGCGCUCCCGGAGGUGCCCAUCGACGACCUCCCUGCCGACGCGCACAUCGUGACCCGCAUCCUCAUCGUCGUCCAGCGCACGCUCCCACACCUCCUCGCGCUGCUCCGUUCCCUUCUCGACACUCCCGCCGGCAUCACGGUCUUCCUGACCGACAUGCUGUGCCCAGCAGCGCUCGCCGUUGCCCAAGACCUCGGCGUGACGCGAUACGUCUUCUACCCGUCGAGCGUUAUGUCGCUGUCCAUGCUGCUCGACGCCCCAGAGCUCGCCAGAACCACCACCUGCGAGUUCCGCGACCUCCCAGAGCCCGACCGUGCCAACCCCGUGUACGACCUCCUGGUCGACCUGUGCCUCGACUACCUCCACGGCGACGGCUUCAUCGUCCACACCUUGGACGCCAUGGAGUACGAGACUCUGGAGGCGCUCAAAGAUCUUUCCGACAAGGGCGUGUACCCUCCGACCUACGCCGUCGGCCCGUUCCUCCGCUCGUGCUCCGACAAGUCCGCCGAGCACCACUGCAUGCGGUGGCUGGACGGGCAGCCGGACGGGUCGGUCUUGUACGUGUGUUUUGGCAGCGGCGGCACGCUGUCCAGCACGCAGACCACGGAGCUGGCAGCCGGGCUGGAGGCGAGUGGGCAGAGGUUCCUGUGGGUUGUGCGGCUCCCCAGCGACAAGGACAGCUGCGGGAGCUACUUUGGCCCCGGGGACCAUGUCGACGACCCGCUCAUCUACCUGCCGGAGGGGUUCACGGAGAGGACAAGGGGCACCGGGCUUGUCGUGCCGCAGUGGGCACCGCAGGUGGAGAUCCUGGGCCACCGCGCCUGGGGGGGGGGGGGGGCGGUGGGGUGGGUUCCUGUCGCACUGCGGGUGGAACUCGUCGCUGGAGACGGUGUCCUCGGGCGUGCCGGUGCUGGCAUGGCCGCUAUUCGCCGAGCAGAGGAUGAACGCCGUGAAGCUAGAGCACGUCGGUCUGGCGCUGCGAGUGAGCGCCCGGGAGGACGGGGUGGUGCCGCGGGAGGGGGUGGCCGCGGUGACGAGGGAGCUGAUGGUGGGCGAGAAGGGCCCAUUGCGCGGAAGAAAGCGCGUCAGCUGCAGGCGGAGGCUUCGAAGGCGUCGGUACCAGACGGGCCAGCUCACCAGGCGCUCGCUGCCGUCGUCGACAUGUGGAAGUGUGCUCCUUCAAGUCCGGCCGUUGCAGCUGGUGGACUGUGA